CUUUAACGUGACAGCGAAAUGAGCAUCCUUAACGAAUACUGUAAGACUCAUCAGUCUUAGUCAACGGCGUUAAGUGCGCCGUUAGAAAAUGAUAAAAAGGCCUAAUCCGGAUUCUAAACUGCGGGCCCCGGGCUUCCUUCUCCGAGUUAUACGCUAGCCACCAAACUCCAAACUUGAACGGCCAAACCCGUCCGCGAAGACUAAACCAAAUCAACCAAUCGGAAAAAAAUCACCGGAGCUCCAGCAGCGAAAAAAACCAGCGGCUCCGAUGGGUGUCACCGACCCGAAUCCUGAGUCCCAACCCGACGCCGAAUCAGCAACCACCCUCUUAAUCCCCAAAAACCCCUCUUCCUCCAGUGAUCCCAAAAUCCCUAAAGAUUCCUUCCACCUGGCCUACAUUAUCUACUUCAUCUUGGGUACAGGGUAUCUCCUCCCAUGGAACGCAUUCAUCACCGCCGUUGAUUAUUUCAGUUACCUUUACCCUGAUACCUCGGUGGACAGGGUCUUCGCCAUAGUUUACAUGGUGGUGGGCUUGAUUUGCUUGAUUCUAAUCAUAGCUUUUGAGCACAAGUCAACCUCGUUCGUUCGGAUCAAUGCCGGGCUGGUGGUUUUCGUUGUGGCUUUGCUUGUUGUGCCUUUAAUGGAUGUCUGGUAUGUGAAGGGCAAAGUUGGGAUGUACGCUGCAUACUAUGUGACUGUGUUUCUGGUUGCUCUUUGCGGGAUUGGGGAUGCAUUGGUUCAAGGUAGUCUUAUUGGGGCUGCUGGGGAGUUGCCUGAAAGAUAUAUGCAAGCUGUUGUUGCCGGCACCGCUGCUUCCGGUGUCCUUGUUUCAUUUCUGAGAAUCUUUACCAAAGCUGUAUAUCCACAAGAUGCACAUGGGCUGAGAAGUAGCGCAAAUCUGUACUUUAUUGUUGGCAUUGCUGUAAUGGCUCUUUGCAUGGUCCUUUAUAACAUAGCACCCAAACUUCCAGUUAUUAGCUACUAUAAUGAGUUGAAAAUUCAAGCGUUGAAUGAUGAGAAGCGAGAGAAAGGUGACCUUACUAAAGACCUGUGGAAAUCAACCUUGUGGAAUGUUUUUGGAACCAUCAAAUGGUAUGGGUUUGCUACCUGCAUCUUAUACGUUGUGACUUUAUGCAUAUUUCCUGGAUUCAUCACGGAGGAUGUGCAUUCUCUUGUUCUAAAGGAUUGGUACCCAGUACUUCUGAUAACAAGCUAUAAUGUGUUUGAUCUGGUCGGCAAGUCGCUAACAUCACUGUAUCUCCUUGAGGAUGCAAAAAUUGCCAUAGGUGCCUCGUACGCCCGGUUGCUAUUUUUACCUCUCUACUAUGGUUGUUUGCAUGGUCCCCAAUUCUUCAGAACGGAGAUUCCAGUUACCUUACUUACCUGUCUUUUGGGUCUCACCAACGGGUACUUAACCAGUGUAUUAAUGAUUUUGACUCCCAAAACUGUCCAACUGCAACAUGCUGAGACAGCCGGGAUUGUUCUUGUGUUGUUCUUGGUGCUUGGUCUUGCCACUGGAUCCAUUGUCUCUUGGUUCUGGGUGAUAUAGUAAGUUCCCAGCCUCUUUGCUGAAGAUGGCUUAACCAUUCUUGGAAGCCAAUGCCUCCUGUGGAGACAUUGAGAUGCCUUUAUCCACUGUUCAUAUACUAGAAUUUGUACCAUAUUGUAAUUUCUGAUGCUUUAAUGAACUUUAGGGAAUACAGUUCUUGUGACAUUGUUUAUCUUUUUCCUUUCUGGAAGUAAGUUAGAUACGUGCUUAUUUAACCAUUGGCAAAAUCUCCAUCAAUGAUUAUAGACCAGUCAUCACAAAACCAGCCAUACAUACUUAUUUA